AUGGUAUUGGUACGUGAUUUGCACACGGAGCACUUUGGCAUGGUCAAAACCAAGCAAAUGGCACGACGGUACUUAUGGUGGCCAAAUGUGGAUCAAGAGAUUGAAAUGUUAGUCAAGGCAUGUGCUCAAUGCCAAGAAAGUGCGAAAUGUCCACCUGCCAAGUCGGGAACCUGGUCAUGGCCAAACGGUCCAUGGAAACGGGUGCAUAUCGACUUUGCAGGACCAUUCAUGGGCAAGAUGUUCCUGGUUGUGGUGGAUGCAUACACAAAGUAUCUGGAUGUAAUUGCAAUGUCUAAUGCCACGUCUGCAACCACUAUUGCGGCUCUGCGGCACGUGUUCUCUGUGUUUGGUCUGCCGGAGCAUCUUGUUUCAGAUAAUGGAACCCAAUUCACGAGCGAGGAAUUCAAGGCUUUCCUCCGUGCCAACGACAUUGUGCACACCCUGACGGCUCCAGGCCAUCCGGCUACGAAUGGACUUGCUGAGCGCUAUGUGGGUGUGUUUAAGCAGAAGUUGAAGGAAAUGGGUGCAACGAGCGAACCACUGCAAGCUCGGCUUGACAGGUUUCUGCUAACGUACCGCACGACACCCAACCAUGCCGGCAGAACACCUGCGGAGAUGAUGUUUGGACGCCAGCCACGCACGCGGCUCAGUGCUCUGCGUCCCUCGCAGGUACGUCAACAAGCAAAGGCUUAUGAGGACGGCAAUCGCGUCAAGCCAGCGUUCACAGAGAGUGACUCUGUGUUUGCGCUCAAUUUCGGCAAAGGUAAUCGUUGGGUCCCGGGACGAAUUGUGCGUGUCCUCAGUGACUACAACUAUGAAGUACAAGUGGGUGAUGUGUUGUGGAAGCGUCACCGAGAUCAGUUGCGUCUACGGUCAGUUCCGGCAAGCUUGAGUGCAUCGCUGCCAGAACCACUGUUGGAUACAAUCGAUCAGACGUCACCGUCACCAGUGCUGUCAGACGUAGGAGAGUCGUCACGGGCCAGUGAUUUUCCGGCUAGCGUCUCGCCACAGUCUGCUACUGUACAAGUUGAGGCGGAUCCUCCUUGUGAGCAGUCGGCUCCUGAAGUUGGUUUACCACAGGUCGAGAAUACUCCCUGUGAAACCACUGUUAGACGUUCGUCUCGGCGUAGUGUUCGUCCGGAUAGACUGAUUGAACAGCUUUGA